CCAUGCUAAGGGGGUGCAGGUGGGAGGUGUGUUACAGCCGUAGCCAGGGAUGUGGUGCUGUGGUGGCUGAAGCUGGGGACUUUGAACCAUGCCAAGACCCCACAGGCAGUGCUGGGGACCCUGCCCCGCGGGGCUGUGCAUGGUGGUGCACCCACAGCCGAGCGCCUGCACCCAGGGGGGCAAUGCAGGGGGCACAGCACCCUAAGGAGCAGCAAAGGCUACCCCAUCCCUGCUUCUCCAUCCUGCCGCCUACCCUGGGGACCAGAAGGUGCACAGCCCCGCUCUGAUGCAUUCACACCCCAGGCAGAAGCCAGGCACUUUCGGGCCCAACGCCCUGCACCCACGCGGGGCAGCACCCGGUGGUGACGCAGCGGGCUGGCACGCAGCAGCGCUGGGUGCUGCCAAGGGAGCCGGGCUCUGGGGGAGGCAAACCGGCGCUGUGGGCAGAGCCCAGCACACCUGGAGAGCAGCCCCUGCUCCGCCUGGCCUCCAGCCAGCUCCGGCCGGGCCGCGGGGCUUGCACAACGCUCAGCACCACGCCCCGCGGGGCUCAGCUCCCGGCCGUCUCCCUCCUGCCCCGCUGAGGACCCAUGGCUGGAGCUGGCACCGGGCUGAGCCGGGCAGCCCCGGGACACCGUGCCACGCUGCACAGCCCUGCCCAGAUGUAAGAGAGCAGCGAGGGGACCCCGAACAUCUGGCUGUGAUCGCGCCACCAGCCAUGCCCCGAGCUGGGCGCUUCCCGACCCCCAGCCCCCGGUAAGCGGGGAAGGAGCCAGAUUCUCUUUCAGGUUCCUGACCCUGGCUGCCACCAGCGCCGGUCCCCAUGGAUUGGAAAACGCUGCAGGCACUGCUCAGUGGGGUCAACAAGUACUCCACAGCCUUCGGCCGCAUCUGGCUCUCCGUGGUCUUCGUCUUCCGCGUGCUGGUCUAUGUGGUGGCAGCUGAGCGCGUCUGGGGGGACGAGCAGAAGGACUUUGACUGCAACACGCGACAGCCGGGCUGCACCAAUGUCUGCUACGACCACUUCUUCCCCAUCUCCCACAUCCGCCUGUGGGCCCUGCAGCUCAUCUUCGUCACUUGUCCCUCCCUGCUGGUCAUCAUGCACGUGGCCUACCGGGAGGACCGGGAGAAGAAGAACCGGGAGAAGAACGGGGAGAACUGCCCCAAGCUUUACAGCAACACGGGCAAGAAGCAUGGCGGGCUGUGGUGGACCUACCUGCUCAGCCUCUUCUUCAAGCUUGUCAUAGAGAUCCUGUUCCUCUACCUCCUCCACAAGAUGUGGGACAGCUUCGACCUGCCACGGCUGGUCAAGUGCUCCAAUGUGGAGCCCUGCCCCAACACUGUGGACUGCUACAUCGCUCGGCCUACAGAGAAGAGAGUCUUCACCUAUUUCAUGGUCGGGGCCUCCUCCAUCUGCAUUGUCCUCACUGUCUGUGAGAUCUUCUACCUCAUCUUCAAGCGGGUUGUGCAGAGGGUGCGCAAGUGGAAGAAGGCCACCAAGCGCUCCGUCAGCUACAGCAAGGCCUCCACCUGCCAGUGCCACCUCAAGAUGGAGGAGAAGGAAAACAAGUCCCAAAAUAGGUGUGUGGCAGCCCUGCGGGCCUCGGCUCCCAACCUGACUUCCAUCUGAGGGGGUCGUGGAAGGGGAAGAGGGAGGGAGAAAUGUCCUGAUGUGAGCCAGGGGUGAUGGGCCCUGCGGGCAGCCACCAGCAAUGCCACCACCAGACCUUUCAGCUUGGUGGCUCUACAGGGGAGGGUGACACAUCCAUGGGACCUGCUCAGUGGUCCCAUAGGAACAGGACUGGCGUGAGGCCAUCGGGGGCACAGGGCAGGUA